ACACAUCACAUCUCAAUCGCAAGCAAAGAUGGCCGCGUCAUAAAUAGUUUUGUAGUUCCGAGACGAGACGUUUGUUUACGAGCACUAUAACACCGGACAGGAUCUCCGCCAGAAUUCGAGCAGCUACAAGUAUUCACAAUGCAUUCCAGUGACAGCGCCAAAUGUCUGGGCAGCAAAUCCCUGGCAAUCUGUUGCCUGCUCCUCCACAUCUUCCUCUUCCUUCAGCCAGCGGUGUCACAGACUCAAAGUUCGCAGCGCUAUCUGCCAAAUAUGGACAACAACAGCAACAACGAGAGACUGCAGCAGAUUCUCAAGGGAUCCGGAGCAGGAUCGGGGGUCACGCAGCUCAACUGGCCACAGCCGCCCAAGGCGACGAUUCCCGAUGUCAAGACUGAGCUGGCCAAACUGAACAACACUUUCGUAUACCAAAACGCCUGGCCGGCGAACAAUGUGAAGCUGGGAGCUGUGACCGCCGUCAGCUUCGACAAGGCCGGCAACGUGGUGAUCUUCCAUCGCGUGGACCGCAUCUGGGGUCAGACCACCUUUGACAACAGGAACCAGUACCAGGAGAAGUACCGCGGACCCAUCAGGGAGAGCACCAUCCUGGCAUUGGAGCCGGCAACGGGCAAAGUGCAAUACGACUGGGGCAAGAAUUUCUUCUACAUGCCACAUGGUCUGACCGUGGACCCCGAGGACAACGUUUGGCUGACGGACGUGGCCAUGCAUCAGGUUUUCAAGUUCCCGCCUCGCGGAGGCGACGGGAAACCACUGCUCACCCUCGGCGAGGCCUUCCAACCGGGCUCCGGGCUGAAAUUCUGCAAGCCCACCUCGGUGGCAGUUUUGGACAACGGCGACUUCUUCGUGGCGGAUGGCUACUGCAAUGCCCGCAUCCUCAAGUACUCGCGAUCGGGAGAGCGUAUUCUUUCCUGGGGACAGAACACCUUCUCCGGCAUAUCGUACGACGUGGCGCCGCCGAACUACUUCGCCAUCCCCCACGCCCUCACUCUCGUUCCGGAGCUGCAGCUGCUAUGUGCGGCGGACAGAGAGAACGGGCGGGUGCAGUGCUUCUCCUCCAGCAACGGCACCUUCCACUCGCAGUACCACAGCCAGCUGAUAGGCGACCGUCUCUUCAGCAUGGCCUACACCCCGGCAGCGGGUGGGCAGUUGGUCAUUGUAAACGGACCCACCGCCGAGUUAGGCAUCCAUCCCGAGCACUACAACGAGGUGCACGGCUUCGUGCUGAGCAUGCGCAGCAAGCAGCUGGUAUCGAAGUUCGGUCCCAAUAACCUGGAGUUCCAGAACCCCCACGAUGUGGCCGUCACCAUCGACGGCAAUGAGAUCUAUGUGGCCGAGCUGAAUCCCAUGCGCAUCCACAAGUUUGUGCACAGAUCUCUGGCCAAGCCGAUGUCCUUGUCGGCCACCAAGGACUCGAGUGCAGUCAGCCAGGCUGUGGGAGAGGCGGAGGCGCCGUCUGAAACCGUGCACCAUCCCAGCGGCAAGGCUAUUCUGGUGGCGUCGCUCAUGCUCCUAUUUGCCGGCUCCACCUUUGCCCUGGCUCUGCUUUUCGCCCGGCGAAGGAAACGAGGUAACCAAGCGAUCAGCUCCGCUCCACCCAGUGACCUGGUGUACCGCAAGCUGACUGCUUCCAACCAGAGUUGCCUCCCCUUUGGAGCCCGCAGUCGUCGUCACGCGUGGGAGAAAAAUGAAGGAUUUAAGCUGGGCGGUCUGCUCGAUCGGGAUCGCAAUGGAUUCGAGAAGCUGGACCAGCAGGCCAGCGACGAGGAGCAGGAGACGAAGACGCUGGCGAGCGCCCAGUUCGCCUAGGCGAAUGACCAAGACUUACGCAGCUACCGAAGCAUUCCUAGUUCUAACUACCUGUACCUCAUUGAAAUACCGACUUAGUUGUACUCGUGCUAUGCGUGUCCUUUACUUGUGAUUUUAUUUCACGUUUUUAGUGGUACAUUCCGCAGAGAAAUUCCGACCAGGAACUAUUUAUUUUGGAUUUUAUUCGAGGUUUCUAUGCCAUUUAAAAAACAUAUUCUUAACAUUAAUUUAAAUAGGUUAGAUAGGUUUUAAAGAA